GCAUGGCUUGGUGGAAGAGGCCGUGGCGCUUGAUCCGCAGUUCGAUGGAUUCAUACUCUCGGAAAUCAAGGAGCAGCAUUGUCCUUGUCGAUCAAACAAGGAGCGCCUUCUCCAGUUCCAGGCCGCAUCUUCGAGAGCUGGGAGAAAAUCUCCAAGGCAAGGCUUGUGUAGCAAACUCCGCGGCGCUCAUCUCGUUUUGCCACAGAGUGGAGGAUCUGGACGAGGCCAGACAGCUCCUCGCGCGGAGCAAAGAGCAGGGAGCCAAGCCGGAAUUUUCGUGCUACCACACGCUCCUGGAUGGAUGCUGCAAGUUUGGAUCUCCCGACGAGCUUCUCGCCGUGAUCAGUGAGAUGGACGAGUGUGGGACUCCUCCGGAUGCUCGAGCUUACGCUUUUCUCAUCGCAAGCUACGCGAAGGCCAGUAUGCUCGACAAAGCGUCGGAGAUCUUCCAAACUCUCCGGAGAAAGAACGCUGGGAUUGAGAGCUCCGUGUACUCGAGCUUGGUUUGGCUCUACUGCCAGGCAGAUCGACCGAAGGAUGCCGAGGAGUUUCUUAAGGCGAUGGAGGAGGAUAGGAAAGACGAGGAUUGUAUCAGCUACAACGUUGUCAUCUCGGCGUACCAGAGAAUGGGCUGCUACUCCGACGCUACGAGGAUUUUCCAGGACAUGAAGAAAAAGAAGAAGAAAGAAACUCUCGGCCGGAGCACUUACAAGCUGAUGCUCGACGUCUAUCUCAAGGCCAGCGAUCACGACUCUUUUGACAAGCUCUUCAAGGAAAUGCUGGGAUCUAAAGUCUCUGGAGAAGCCAGCACUCUGGAAGCCGCUGUGAAUCUCUACGCCUCCAGAGACAGCGUCAAGGAUGCGGAGUGGCUCUACGAGAAUUUGGCUCCCAGUGGAAGCCGCUUGACUGUUCUUGGAUACAACAAGCUCUUGGAGCUCUUCCUAGCGGCUGGCAACACAGCGAUGGUGGACAGGAUCUACCGGGAGAUGCCUAGAGUCGUCUCUCCGGAUCAAACCACCAGGCGCUUGGUGAUGACUGCGUUCUUGCGAGCGCAGAGCUUCCGCGGGGCCGUGGAGCUCCACGAAGAGAUCCUGAGAGAAAGCGGCGGCGUCCAACCUCUGCUGGAUCCGCAAAGCUUUGCGCUACUCGUCCGAGCUUACGUGAAGAUGGAGCGCUUCUUUGAGGCCAUGAAGCUGGUGGUUCUCAUGCGAAAGGCAGGAAUGAAGGUGGACGAGGAGAUUUACGAGAAAGUGGUCACUGGGAUGGUCUCGGUCCAAGGACGAAGUUGAUCCAGGACGAAGGGUUAACUUGUUCUUCAGUUUGGGCAUUGCUUACCAAGAUCCGUUAUGCCUAAGUUGGGCAUAUUACCAGCCUCGAGAUUCUCCUAUCUAUGAAAAGGAAGUUUAGAGCUGCUCGUGAAUUCUAAAGUUAUCACUUUAGCUUGAUCCA